AAAACAUUGCAUGAAGUUUAAAUGCGGGCGCAAAGCAAUAAACUGGUUUGGAAUUACUCAUCGUAAAGAUAUGAGACACAUUGGACAUUGGAUGGUGUUUUACUAAUAGUUUAUCCGGUGGCACUGUACAGAAUUCAGGUGGUGUUGCUGGUAGCGGGCGUCAGCGAGAUGGUGAAAUUCACGGUAGAUGAGUUGCGUCGGAUGAUGGAUUUUAAGCGGAAUAUCCGCAAUAUGUCCGUUAUAGCACACGUAGAUCAUGGGAAGUCCACACUUACAGAUUCACUUGUCUGCAAGGCCGGCAUUAUUGCUGACUCACGCGCUGGAGAUGCUCGGUUUACAGACACUCGGAAAGACGAACAGGAAAGGUGCAUCACUAUCAAAUCAACAGCCAUCAGCUUAUAUUAUGAAAUGCCUGAUGAAGAUGUCCAGUGCGUUAAAGCGAUUCAACCCGUCUCUGUUAACUCAGAAGGAAAAGAAGAAAAAGGGUUUCUCAUAAACCUCAUAGAUUCACCGGGGCACGUCGAUUUCUCCUCAGAAGUCACUGCAGCCCUUCGUGUAACAGAUGGAGCUCUUGUCGUAGUUGAUUGUGUAUCAGGUGUGUGUGUACAAACCGAAACGGUUUUACGUCAGGCUCUCACAGAACGAAUCAAACCAGUAUUAUUCAUGAAUAAGAUGGAUAUGGCAGUCACAACUCUGAACUGUGACAUGGAAGAACUUUAUCAAAAGUUCCAGAGAGUGAUUGAAAACGUUAACGUCAUAAUUUCAGAGUUUGAAACAUCUAAUAGCACAAUGGGUGAUCUGGCGUUGGAUGUUGUGAAAGGGACUGUAGGUUUCGGUUCCGGUUUGCAAAGUUGGGCGUUCACAUUGAUGACAUUUGCUAGACUUUACUCAAGCAAAUUCGGAAUUGAACCAAGUGUAUUGGUUAAACGUUUUUGGGGUGAUAACUUCUACAACGUUAAAACAAAAAAGUGGACUAAAGAAAAACCAGCUUCUGACGGCGUUCGUGGCUUUAACCAGUUUAUACUGUCACCGAUCUACAAGGUUUUCGAUACUAUCAUGAAGAAAAGUAAGGAAGAACAAGUCGAAUUGCUAACGAAGAUGGGUGUAACGCUAAAUGAAACUGAAAUGUCUCUUCCUGACAAACAACGACUGAAAACAGCAUUACAUAAGUGGCUUCCUGCUGGCGACUCGCUCCUGCAAAUGAUAUGCAUUCAUCUUCCUAGUCCUGUCACUUCACAGCAGUACAGAAUAGAAAUGCUUUACGAAGGACCUAUGGAAGAUGAAGCAGCUAUUGCAAUGAAAAACUGCGAUCAGAAUGGUCCAGUCAUGAUGUACAUUAGUAAAAUGGUGCCGACUUCAGAUAAAGGUAGGUUUUAUGCAUUUGGUCGUGUGUUCUCUGGUACAAUCGGGACAGGACAAAAAGUAAGAAUAACUGGUCCCAACUACGUUCCAGGGAAAAAAGAGGAUCUUUACGAAAAGUCUAUUCAACGAACUGUACUUAUGAUGGGUCGUAGCACAGAAGCAAUCGAGAAUGUUCCAUGUGGAAACAUCUGUGGGUUGGUAGGAGUGGAUCAGUUUAUUGUCAAAACUGGCACCAUUACAACAUUUGCGGGGGCUCAUAACUUGAAGCAAAUGAAAUUUAGUGUCAGUCCUGUAGUCCGCGUUGCAGUUGAAUGUCAAAAUCCUGCCGAUUUGCCAAAACUUCUUGAAGGCUUGAACCGUCUUUCCAAAAGUGAUCCUAUGGUCCAAAUAACGCAAGAGGAGUCGGGUGAACACAUCGUUGCAGGUGCCGGUGAGCUGCAUCUUGAAAUUUGCCUCAAGGAUCUCAAGGAAGAUCAUGCUUGCAUUCCUUUAAAAAUAAGUAAUCCCGUAGUUUCAUAUCGUGAGACAGUAACGGAGGAGUCAAAUCAAACAUGUCUGUCGAAAUCCCCUAACAAACAUAAUCGUCUGUAUAUGCGUGCCUUACCUUUAUCAGAAGAAUUAGCACAGGACAUUGAUGAUGGAAAAAUCACUGCUAAUCAAGACGUAAAAGAUCGUUCUCGUUAUCUAAUAGACAACUACGGAUGGGAUGCUACAGAAGCCAGAAAGUUAUGGUGCUUUGGUCCAGAGAACACAGGACCUAAUGUUGUGGUCGAUACCACUAAGGCAGUUCAAUAUUUAAAUGAAAUAAAAGAUAGCGUUGUCGCUGCGUUCCAGUGGGCAACUAAAGAAGGUGUUCUUUGUCAAGAACACAUGCGUGGAGUCCGUUUCAAUCUCAUAGAUGUAGUACUGCACGCAGAUGCUAUCCACCGUGGAGGUAAUCAAAUCAUCGGUACAGCACGUCGAUGCUUUUAUGCCUCUGUUCUUACUGCCAAACCAUGCUUACUAGAACCAGUUUAUCUGGUAGAAAUCCAAGGACCAGCCACUGCUAUGGGAGGCAUCUACAGUACUUUGAAUCGCAAGAGGGCCAUUACACUUUCAGAAGAACGAAAAACUGACAGUCCAAUGUGUAUUACCAAAGCUUAUAUGCCGGUUAAUGAAUCUUUCGGCUUCACGACUGAUCUUCGUGCUGCAACUGGCGGGCAAGCUUUUCCUCAGUGUGUCUUCGACCACUGGCAAAUUUAUCCUGGUGAUCCUCUCGACGAAAACUCAAAGCCUGGACAGGUAGUUGUGGAGGCGCGAAAACGUAAGGCUCUAAAAGCGGGCGUUCCUCCCUUAGAUAACUUCUUGGAUAAACUAUAACACCUGACCUUGUACAAUGUCUAUUAAUUAAUAAAUUGAUUUCUUCAUUGGCUUGUGAGUUCAUUUACCAACGGUGUUUAGUGUUUGUCCUGAAAUUAUUUUGUUGGUUUUUAGUUCUUGUGAGUGUUGCUUGUUAGGUUUUAUGGUAUCACAUAGUGCUUCUCAAUGCACUCAAGGACAAUACAUUAUAUGUUUUAAUCUCUAAUAGUUACUAACUUUCUUAAAACUAUUCUGCUCCAUUGUCCAGGCGAUGGUUAUAUCUUGUUGGAAAUAUGUAGGUAGGAUGAUAUAAACAUGCCACUUCAGAGCGUACUGCAACUCAAAUGUUUAUGAGGGUUAGGAAAUAAUAUAUACCUUGAUGGGUUUCAGUAUAAUUUUCGAAUGAUCUAUGAUGAUUUGGUGUUGCGUGAGUGGUUACUGGGAUCUUAUGUGGCUUUCAGUUCGUAGCUUAGUCGCUGGUUAGUGUUAUUUCAUGUCGGUUUGGUUCGUCAUGUUCUUUGCGCAAAACGAAUUGGGCGUGAUUCUUCCUCAAAGUGUCUCCAUAAUUGUCAUUUCACAGGUAGUUAAUAGCUGUUGGCUUAUAUGCCCACUCCCAAUCAUCUUGGAAGUCGUGAUUCUUGCGAUUGCGUUGUCAAAUUUCCAGGCAGCAAGGGUUUGCAUUUUCGUCCCUAAUGAUAUCGGAAACAGGUUUUGUCGACCUUCAAGUUUUAUCAGAUUUUCUGUGCAUAAGCUAGUCGAGUGAUACAGCUCUUGAUAACUUAUUCAUUUGCUAAGUAUGCAUCCUAUGAACCGUUGCUUAAAGGUGAGAAACAACACGGUUCCUUAAAUCGAAGUAGGCAGUAGGGUUGGCCGUGUCGAAAAUCGAGUGCUAGUCUGUCUAAUUUUUAUCCUUGGCUGCUCAGGUUAUCAAGACAAGGCCGUCUACGGUCUUUCAUGUAAGUCUCUAGAAUCCCUACUCUUACUCAUCUGUCGAAUAUCUGUCAUCAAUGUGUAUGGAAAGUAUUAUAUGCAGAAAUUAGGACUUGAAAUAUAGUAGAUAUUUAGUGCGAUCGUGUUGUGUGGCUGCAUUUUUCGAAAUGAGUGAUAGAAGUUGUACCCAAAGACAAUCUGAUUGGGAAAAGGUGGGCUCUGAUAUUUCGUGUAGUCAUACAAGGGUGUCUAUGGAGAAAUAAACGGGAUUUCCGGGUGUUGCAUUCUGAUGUCCUGUGAAUUCAGUGACUUGAAUGACUUCAGGGAGACGCAUUUUGACCAAACAAGUUCCUCUCGUUUUAGCGUCAAUCCAGUUGAUGUAGUACAUCAAAGUCUGCGUGGACUGGGUAAGUAGCUGUCGUAACCGAUGUUGAUUUCACAAAAUAAUCCUCGGUAUUGAACAUGGAUUGUCUGCAAGUGCACUUGGGUGUCAGGCAGUUGUAAAAGGUACAUUGAACCGUCCACAUUCCUGGUUAUCAAGUCAAGCAUUUUGAAAAACGGGUUUGUUUAUAAAAAACGGCAUCCGCCGGAACCAGUUCCGAGUUUGAUAUUUCACAGUGUGUUAACUAUUUCUUAGGCAUCUUGCAUCCUAAUAGUUUCCGUUACUUUGUUGGUAAAAUCCAAAUUCAUUUCAAUAUGAUUUUUAGAAUCGCAAUUCGAACCUCGAUUAAUAGUCAACUCACAAUCAAACGAUAGCAAGUGUUGGUUUGGGCGUAGAAGGGCAAUUGUGUUUAUGUCAUGGAAUAUUUAUUACAUGUAGGGAUGAUUCACCUUCAAUGAAGGGUGUAGUUUGUGACUACGGACUUCAUUUUAAAGUGCCUAUUCGAGAUUUGAACCGAUUGAUAACUAUAAGACAGGACUUAUGUAAAAUCUGGCAUAAUCCAAUCGAUACUUUUAUAGUCAUAAUAAACAAUUGCUGUUGUCUAAAACUGUCCUUAAUGAAUCAAAUCACUCAAUAAAUGUAAUGCUCAAU